AUGCCACGACAGUUUGGUUCUCUGACCCCGGCUAAGGGAGGGGUCAUCGACUAUAAAAAGAGGGAUCACUCGUCCCGAGCAGCAGCUCAGGACAGGAGAUUCGGGGAAACAACUAUCGCAGGCGCCGGCGCAUUCGAUUCCAAAGCACCAAUGUCCAUUGUUUCUCUUCCUCUGAAUCUUCGAGGCUCCGCUGCUAGGGCUGUCCCCGUCGAGGGCACUGCCGAUAUCGGCAGCGAUGGCGUCGUCGACAUCCGCCUCAAGGGAUCUCUUGGAGCUUUCCAGAGCCAGGAUCGAGCCGCUUCUCGCGCUGCUGAGGCUCUUGAGCCAGUUGUGCCACACUACUUGAACAUCACUCAACAGUACAACCGACCCAAAUCAUCCGAGCCUGGACAGAAAUUCUACACCUGGGCCGGCAAAGGGAAGACCCCUGAGCCGACUCGACUGGGUCGAUACGACAUCCCAACUGGCAACUCAAACGUUAUUCCAGAUCUUGCUGAACACCAGGGAGAUAUCAAGGAUGUUGCUUCUUACAUUGCUAAUCGAAAGGCUUACCCAAGCUACGAUGAAGAAGACACCAAGCCUACUCAGUACAAGAUGCGAACUCGACGACGAAAAGCUGAGGGCGCUGGUUCUGAGGGCCCUCUUGCGAAGGAUCAGCCAGCUGCGGAACCGAAAGAAGAUGCUCUUUACGAGCCAGUUACAAUCAAAUAUCUUGCUCCAAAACCACCAGUGUUCGAACACGGUAUUCGAUCGCACACCAUUUGGGAGAAUAUGACUGUGAAGUUUACUUGCCGUGUUGAUGGUAGACCUACCCCAUCUGUCACCUGGUACCACAACAUGAUCCCAAUUCAGCCAGAGCUUCAUGCUGCUGGAAAGUAUAAGAUCACUGAGCGAAAUGGCGUCAAUACUCUUGAAGUUUCUCGAUGCCAGAUUGCUGAUGCUGGAACUUAUCGAGUUUCUGUUCAGAACUUCAAGGGUGAACUUUCUAGCUAUGCUACUCUUGUUGUCAAACGAUACGAUGGUGGUCGAUAUGGCUACUACGACAUCAAGUCUGGUUACAACAUCAAAAAGCCUACAGACUACCCAGAUGUUCAAGAACUCAAUGUUCCUGGAUACCCACGAUUUGCUACCAAACUUUACAAUCAAUCUGUCUGGGAAGGCGAUGCGAUUACCUUUGCUUGCCAUGUCGAAGGAAAACCCCCACCAAAUGUCUUCUGGACUUUGAACGGGAAGUCGAUCGAAACUGAACCCGAGCGUGUCCGAGUCUCUUUUGAUGGCAUCAAAGCCACCGUCUCGAUUCUCCGAGCUUUCACUGACUACGAGGGUGAAUGGUGCUGCCGAGCUUACAAUAGCUGCGGUGCUGCUGUUUCCAAGAUGUUCCUCUACGUCAGAGGCCGACAUGGUCCGCCAUCUGCACCAACCAAUCUCGAUGUUGUCGAAACUACUCGAGACCAUAUCAUGCUUACCUGGAAACGACCUGGCUACAUUGGUCACUUUGGCGGUGCUGAAGUCGAUGGCUACAUCAUUGAGUACGCAGCUGCUGGUUCUGCUUUGUGGACUCAGCUCUCUACCAAGCUCAUCUCUCUUAUGCGAUACCCAGUCACUGGCCUCGAAGAAGGAACUGCAUAUUUUUUCCGAGUAAGAUCCGUCAACCGAUGGGGUAAGUCUCAGUGGUGCAAAGCCAUCGGGCCAGUCGCCUGUCGAGACACCGGUGCUGCCAGAUGCGCUGCUGAAAUCGCUGAGGAUAAAUUUUCCUUGAUGCCUCCAGAGGCUGGAGAUAUUCAAGUUUAUGAGGAAGAAGAGCCAGCUGUACCGGAAAUUCCUGAAAACGUUCGGGUUCACUCCACUACUCUCGAUGGAACCAUCUGCGUUGCCUUUGACGCUGUCGAGGGCGAUGUUGACGGCUACUUUGUCGAAUAUGCUCUUGCUAAGAAGAAUGAAUGGAGCACCUUCAAUUCUGCUCCAAUCAAGGUUGCUGGAGAGCCUUACCCUAUUUCCGGAUUGGAACUCGGAAAGCAAUUCCAGUUCCGAGUUCGAGCAAAGAAUCACUACGGAUUUUCUGAGUCCUCCUUGCCCACGGAAAUUGUCUGGUGCGGUGAGCCACAGGAAGUGGAAGACGAAGAACAGGAUGAAGAGCGAGAGGAUUCUGGUUCUGAUGAGGCUCAGGUUAUCUCUGCCGAUGCUCCAAAGUGCUAUUCCGUUUGCACAGAUGGUACUGACUUUGAAGGUCGAUACCGAGGUCCUCCUACUCCUCCUAGAUCCGUCAACUGGGCUAAAGCUACUCGAGAGUAUGUUGAAGUCACAUGGGCUCCACCAGGGAAAUCUGGAGGUGAACAAGUCGCCUACUACUUGGAGAAGCAAAAGCUCGGUUCUGGUGUCUGGGAAUUCUGCAACGAGAAGGCGAUCGCCAUGAACCACUACAUCGUGAACGAGCUUGAUAUGGGCGAGAAAUACAUUUUCCGAGUCCGAGCUGUGAACUCCAAGGGUUCGUCUGGAUUUUCCGAGCCAUCUGAGCCAGUGAUUGCUUAUGAUGGAAUUCGUCCCCCAGCUUGGUACGGAAACGCCUUGUCUUUCUUCCGUGUCUCGCGAUUUGAUGGAAAACCUGAUGUUACCAAAACCUCCGUCAAAGUUUCCUGGGACGAGCCUCAGAGAGAUGGCGGCGCGCCAAUCAUCGGAUACUAUCUCGAAGUUCGAGAAUACGGUGGCAAGUGGAAGCAAGUCAACAACAAAGCAUUUACUCAGCGACACUUCACCGUUGACGGUCUUACUCCUCAGCGAUACUACCAGUUCCGAGUCAAGGCUGCCAACAUUGUCGGUUGUGGUGCUUACAUUAACCUUCCAGGCCGAGUUUGGACUGAUGAUCCAGCUGCUCCUGGACCCGCUGAUUGGCUCGAAUUCACUGGCAUCGGUGAAGAUUGGGUUGAACUCAAGUGGGAAGCCUCCAAGGAUCUCGGCGACGGCGAUUUCAAAGGAUACGUUGUUGAAAAAUGCAAAGAAGGCACUGAUCUCUGGAUUCCAGUCAAUUCUCCUGAAAUGGCUGCUGACUGCAAGUACAAGGUCAAUGGCCUUGUGCCUGGUCAAACUUACUUCUUCCGCGUUCGAGGAGUCUCUACUGUCGGCGAAGGUGUUCCAAGCAACCCAUCUUGCUACGCUACUCCCGGUGUUGACACUCUUCAGGACCUGAUCGACCGACAGAAUGCCAUGUACGCCGAGCGACGACGACUUGAGGAGCUUGAAAGACAGCGACUUCGGGAUCUUGAAGAGCUCGAGCGACAGAUGCCAUUCCUUCGAGAAAUCCAGGACCAAUGGAUGAACACCGGCGACCGAGCUUUCUUCCUCUGCGAAGUCAAGGAUCAGACCACCGAAGUUGAUUGGUAUCUCGGAAACUGGAAGGAGACUAAGAUCGAGCCAACUGGCAAGUUCCACAUCAUCUCUGCUGGUCGAAUUCGAAUGCUCAUCAUCGACAAGGUCACAAACGAAGAUCCUUGCAUCGUCCACUGCGUCUGCCGAUACAAUGGAUUCUGCUCGACUGCCGAUCUUUGCGUUGAUGGAAUUGCUCCCGUCCGUUUCGUCAAGUACUUCGGCGACACCUUUGCCAACAAGGGCGAUACCGUCGUUCUCCACUGCAACUUGUCCAAGCACUGCGCUGUUGUCAAGUGGAAGAAGAUCACUGCUCAAGGUGAAAUCGAAAUCACCGAGGAAGACAUCAAGGAUGGCAAAUACGAAGUUGUCAGCCAAGGUGGCGCUCGAUCCCUCAUCAUCCACGAUAUUCAGUACGAGGAUAUCGCUCAGUACUACUGCGGCGGUUUCGGUGGAGAAAUCACUGCUAACGUCUGCGUUGACGGCAUGGUCCCCAUUUUCUUCGACAAGUACAUCGAAGACGAGAUCGAUGUUCCAUACACCGCCGAAUACGUCGAAUUCCGAUGUGUUGUCAAGCUCAAUCCCGUCAAUAUGUGGGCUCAGCCUCACUUCCAGUGGUUCCUCAACGGCGAAGAACUCGACCCCGACAACGAACGAGUCGAAAUCGUCUCUGUUGGCUGCGUUCGAUCCCUCCGACUCUACUGCCCACGAUACCAAGAUUCUGGAGAGGUCACUGCCUACAAUCCUGGUGGACAAUGUACUGCCAAACUGGAAGUCCAGCCUCCUCCACCACCUCCACCACCACCAAUGCCACCAAUGGAGGAUAUGGUCCUCAACUUCCGACAGCCUGUUAUUCCCGAACAGCUCGUCGGUGGCUGCCGACUCUUCUGUGUCAUCUCCAACCUCUCGGAAGAUACCAGCGUGUCGUGGCUCAAGAACGCCAAGCCCCUCAAACAGGCCGACAAAUACGAAGUCGAGAUCACCCCCUCGACUGGUGUCGUCGCUCUUACCAUCAACCCUCUCACCGAAAUGGACAUGGGCCGAUACACCGCUUCCUUCACCACUCCACUCGGAAUGUUUGACACCAAGGUCCACUACGACUUCACUGGCUCUUCAUUCGAUUCCAUCUUCUACGCUUCGCAGAAAUUGAAGGAAGAAGAAGAGAACCGAGAGGCUCUUCUCGAUGCUGCCCGGCAACGAGAACUCGCCGAACAGCAGGCCGCCCUCCAAGCCGAAAUCGAUGCUGCCAACACUGAGGCUGAUGCCGAGGCCGAAGGCGAAUCUGGCGAGGUCCCCGGCAUUGAAGAAGCUGAAGCCGCCCCUGCUGAAGAAGCUUCCCCCGCUGAAGAGGCCGCUCCCGCUGAGGAUGCUGCCCCUGUCGAGGAAGCUGCUCCCGCUGCUGAGGAAGUUGCCCAAGAAGAAGCUGCUGUCGAGCAAGCUGCUGAGUAA